AUGUCGACCGCCGAACGAAAACUCUCACGUCGCGAGCCGCCCCUCCCCGAGCAAUUUUAUUGCAAGGCCUGCCGUCGCUACUUUCAAGAAAGCGACGGCAGCCGCGCAGUUCACCGGCGCCUCUUUCAUCAAGCCGUCACACAGACGACCUACUACGGCGAACAGGAAGUCCACACCUUCCACCGCGGUCCCAGUGGUCUCUUCGCGUGUCUCCGCUGUCCCUUCCAACACCAUGAUCCCCGCGCUUUUUGGGACCACGUUGCCCGCCAAGCCGGUUGUCCGCAGACUCACGCGCCCAAUACAGACCCGACGUCGCUCGAAGAGCUCGGAGUUGCUGUAUCAGAGUUGGCGGGCCGCUUGGAACCGGUCCUGACAGGGCAGGAGGUCGGAAGCGUUAUGGAGCGGGUGGAGGGAACGGAUAGGGCGGAAAUGGCGGAGUCCCUCGAGGCAGCACAGAUGGAUGCGGAGGUCGCCGGCACCCGUACACAUUUGUGCCAAUUGGAACACGUCGACACAGAGCUGGUGGAAGCAGGGGAGGCCGUCGAAGUACCCGAAACUGACGUGGACGUUCCUUGCGCCCGCGAAGAUAUGCAGACAUCUCCCAAACUUGUACCUAGCAAUUCACACGAUUCGCUCGAUCUAAGCGCGCUCGCGCCCUUGCCGUCUCCACUUAUACCUCGUCCCCGCUCCCUCCCGGCAAUCCCCGCAGCACACAAACCCAUCGCCUCGGGCACCCUCCACACUGCCGAAUCAUCACAGCCUGGCGAUAUCCCUAUCGUCGAGGACUUCUCAUCGCCAGCCAUUCCCUCCCUCGAUGACUGGCCCUCUUUCGACCCGACGGAAUGCGAAAUCACCCCCGGCCCCGAUACUGUCACACACGACGACGAUCACGACCUUGAGCGAUACAAUCUCGUCAUCAACACCCAACUCCGCCUCAUCAUAUGUAUCCCCUGCUCCAAGGCCGUCCUUCCCGCUCGACUCCGACGUCACCUUCUGGACAAAUGGCCCCGCCUUGACGUUCCGGACGACAUCGGCGAAAAGCUUCGGUCCAAGUACAACGUCGCAGCCACCCACGACUGGCCCUUCCCGCAAGCCCGUAUCCUGCCGGUGUUCGGCCUUCCCAUUCUUCCCAAUCCUUAUCUGUUUUGUCAAUCGUGUCACCACGGGUAUUCCAGCCACACAUCUCUCGCGUCGCAUCACUAUCAGCGCACUUGUGCGCGCUCAUCUGACCAGUCGCCUGGUCAUUUCAUCGCCUAUGGGCAAACCGUCGGCUUCGAUCCACGCGUCGUUUUCCCAGUCGACACCUCCCUUCUCGCUACACCUGUUCGACGGCCCGCCUUUUCGACCGAGCCCUUCACCACCCUUCCCAGGCCCGAUUACGCCCAUCUCCCCAUCUCAAACCCGUCAACUCAUGCAACAUCGACUUAUUCUUCAAAAACGAAGACUUUUAUUCACUCGUCGGGUCGCUUACCCCCGAACAGGUCAAUCAGUCCAUCGAUUGCACCGCCCACACGCCCGAGCAGAAGCUCAUGUCUACGCACCUCGACAUCGUUUCUCGCACGUACUGCAAGUCAAUCCAAGCCGCAAUAA